AUGAUCGCCGCGGCCAUGCGACUUGGACCAUUUCUUGCAAUUCGCUCUCUAGAAAAUGCUGCAACUCCAACCACGGAAUUUCCCCAGCAGACGUCUCAUCCAGUAUCAGAGGCCGCAACUCGAACAGCGGUAGAGCGAGACCAUUCGUAUGCGCCGGAUCCUACGUGUACUACUACUACACAGACAUAUCCGCUGCCCAGCCAAAGCAAUAACACCCAGACAAACAGCGCCCAGACCGGAAACGAUGGCCUUGACGCAACCAAGAUAGGUCUGAUAUCCGGCAUCACCUUGGGGAUACUGGUGGUGAUAGUGGCCAUAGGGCUCUUGAUAUAUAGCUUCAGCGGCCGAAACCCGAAAGAAGAAGCAGACGAGGAUGCGGACAUCAGGAGCUGCCAGGUAGAGCCAGGUACACCUCAUGGUCCAGCGCCAGACUUUCCCACUCAACAGAUGUACCAAACUGGCAGACACCGAUAUGCGCCUCUACCAAACAACCGGAACUCUACGUACUCGGACAUCUCCAUCUUGCCGGCAAUUCCUGAAAGAGCCCCUGCUAUGCUUGACCGGUGGGGAAGGGCGGAUUACAGCUUGCAGCCUUUGAUGGAUACUGCCGAGUUGGAGGAUGGAUAUACUUGGAACAGAUACCCCAGGAUGUCGGAACUGAAUCCGACGCCGUCCACAUACCGAAAGUCGGUGCAUUCACGACCAGCCGAAAUGGACAAUAAUAACCAUGCCGGAAACCCAAAACCCGUGCAUUUGAUACCCCGAAAGCAAGUUGGAAGUCCUGUUAAGCUGCCACGGUCGAAUGCAUAG